AUGAGCAAAAAACGAGCAAAUAUUACUGAAAUGGUACGCAAUAACAGUGAAGAUAUCGCUGAUUCAUGUAGCUCUAAAAAACGAAAAAUAGAAAUGACUAUGGAAGAGUAUGAUCAAUAUUUGAUAGAAAAGAAGGAUGGUAGAUUUAAACGAACUGGAAAUUGGAACGGAAUGUAUAGACGAUUAGCACAUGAAUGUUGUGAUACCGCAUGUGGACGUAAGUGGGUACCUUCACCUACACAAUGUUUGACAGAUGAUUAUUAUUGUCCGUCGUGUGUACUUCAUCAUCGAAAUAAUAUGAAUCGAUUUUCAGAAGAACGAUUGAAAUGGACAGCUAAUGUUCCAAAUACAUUCUAUAUAUUUUCUCUUGUUGAUCCAGGUACAAAAGAAACUGGUAAAAUUGAAAGAGCUCUAAUUAAAUUUGGUCGUACUCAACAUAAAGAUGCUUUGAAAAGAUAUCCUACUGCAGAAUUAAAACAAUAUCAAAUGAAACUCUUAUUAACUUUACGUGGAAAACUAAUUACCAUGACUAGAAUUGAAAAUUGGUGGAAAGAACAAGCAGAAGAAAAUAAAUGGUUCAUAAGAUUUAGUAACAGUGCUUUUCAUGGACAAACAGAAUGUAUUCAAGUCAAUGAUAAUGAUCUAGCACAAUUGAUUGCCAAAUCAAAAGAAAUGGCAGCUAUUGAAGAAUAA